AGAAAAUCGAAAAUAAAAUAAAAAAGGGAAAAACAGACGUCUCCUUGUCGUCUCCUCUCGCCUCGUCUGGUGCUGAUGGCCAGUUUUAGAUCGAAAUUCAGCAAUCGACUCUCAAACUCUGAAUCUAAUUUCGUCUCCUUCCUGCUGUUCUCCUCCACUCCCCUCCUCUCUCUUUCUCCCAUGAAUAUAAUUAAUUAAUUCGAUUAAUCAUUUUUUUUUUUCUGAUAGAACAUCUGCGGCUCCAAGAAAGAUUCAAUUUUUUGCUGAUCACUGGCGAUGUAGCAACUAGUUGAUCUUGUGGUUAUCCAUCUUUGAUUCCGGGUUAUCUGUCGUGUCACAUGAUUAUUGAUUGUGGAAAUGGGUUGUAACUUGUAAAUGAGCCUGAUUCCGACAUGAGUUCAACAGUGUCAACAUCUCGAGGAAUACAUUCACCCGCAAGGCUUGCCAGGCACAAAUCACCGGAUUCUGGGGCUUCUGGUUCUUUUAGCCUGAUUGAACCAGACAUUAAUGACAGUGAAACGGAGUUGCUCUCUGUGUUUUGGAAUCAAGACAACGGUUGCUUCUCUGCCGGCACAAGCAAUGGAUUUCGCAUCUACAACUGCGAGCCUUUCAAAGAAACUUUUAGACGUGAUUUGAAAAGUGGGGGAUUCAAAAUUGUGGAGAUGCUAUUCCGAUGCAACAUUCUUGUACUUGUUGGUAGCUGGGACAAUUCACAAUAUCCGCCUCACAAGGUUAUGAUUUGGGAUGAUCAUCAGAGCCGAUGUAUUGGUGAAUUUUCAUUCAGGUCUGAGAUUCGUGCAGUAAAGUUAAGGCGCGAUCGCAUAGUAGUUGUUCUUGAGCACAAGAUAUAUGCUUAUAACUUUAUGGAUCUGAAGCUGCUGCAUCAGAUUGAGACUGUAGCAAAUCCUAGGGGAUUGUGCUGCCUUUCACACCAUCCAAAUACAUCUGUGCUGGCUUGCCCAGGCCUUCAACGAGGACAAGUUCGAAUUGAACAUUUUGGGCUGAAUGUGACGAAGUUAAUCAAUGCUCAUGAUUCUCAUAUUGCAUGCUUCACCCUGACAAUGGACGGGCUGCUUCUUGCAACUGCUAGUAAUAAGGGUACUUUGAUAAGAAUAUUCAACACAAUGGAUGGGACUCAUUUACAAGAGGUACGCAGAGGAGUGGAUAGAGCCGAAAUUUACAGUAUUGCUCUAUCUCCAAAUGUCCAGUGGUUGGCAGCAUCGAGUGACAAAGGUACUGUGCAUAUAUUCAGCCUCAGAGUUAGAGUACUCGGGGAGGAUUUAUCUGCUCAUAAUUCUGCUCAAGGGCCAGCAAUGUUUCAGCAGAACUCUUCAAAUUCCCUGGAUCCUCUUAUUUCUCCAAACACCGGUGCCAAUUCUAGUUCGUCAUUGUCUUUCAUGAGAGGGGUUUUACCAAAAUAUUUUAGCUCCGAAUGGUCAUUUGCUCAGUUCCACUUGCCAGAAGACACUCAAUUCAUUACCGCAUUUGGUUCUCAAAACAGUGUCAUCAUUGUUGGCAUGGAUGGGAGUUUCUACAAAUGCAGUUUUGAUCCAGUGAAUGGAGGUGAGAUGGUGCAGCAGGAAUAUGUACGCUUUCUAAAAACCGAAGGCAGGCCAAGAUAGACUUUCGAAUGAUUCAUGCAACUAUACAUUCUUUCAUCCUGUGUAAAUAUUGAUACGGAAUCUCUGUUGGAUGUAAAUAUUUGGAAGUGUUGUGUUCCUUUUCACCGCAUCUCGUAAAAUAAAGCAAUCUUUAUAGCUA